GCAACUUUCUUCAAACCCUAAUACGAUAAGCGGUAACCAACCAGUGAUGAAGUUCCCGCAUUUCCCCAACCGUACGAGUUACCUCUGUUCAAUUCGUUACCUCCAUGGCCGAGCUAUCGGCCGAAGUUGCACCACCUGAUCAUCCUCCCGCAGCGCCGUCCAACUCCGACGGAGCUCCCAGACCAGCCGCUGCCACGCCCGGGGAGUUGGCGGCCAAAGGAGUUGCUCCGGUGAAAGUCGAAUUCCUAUGUCCGCCUCCUCCUCCCAGAACAUCUCAAACUGAUGCUAAUAACCCGCCGUCGACCGCCGCGGCGGCGUCUAAGUCCGGCGUGUUGAAGCAGGGGAAGUCUAAACGCCAAUUCAAGCGCGAACGGCGGCAGGAGCAAAAGGCGUCUCAUCUCUGUCCAGUGAUAGCGAAGAGUGGAGAUGUUAGUUCUUGCAAGUACGGCGAUGAUUGCCGAUUCAGCCAUGACUUGGAGGGAUUCAAGGCUCAGAGACCGGAUGAUCUGGAUGGAGACUGUCCUUUCAUAAGCGACGAAGGGAGAUGCCCUUAUGGCUUUGCAUGUAGUUUUUAUGGCACGCACAAGGAAGCUGUUGCUGGUGAUAAUAGCUUGAUUGCACCGAAGAAAAAUUGCUCUGAGACAAAUGAAUUGACCAAGGAUGUUCAAAGGCUUUUGUGGAAGAACAAUAUGAAGUUUCCUAAAGCAGAUGCCAAACUGAAAGCUCUUGGUCUCAUGGUAAUCCUCCUCAAUGGGGUUGAUGCGAAAGUUGAGAACCUGAAUGGCGCGGGAGAAGAAGCACUGGAAGAGAAUAGCGUGGUCGAUGAACUCGGGCCAUUAAAGAAAGCAAAACCAGAUGUGGCUGAACAAGGACCAUGUAGUCCGGGGAAGGAAGUUGAUCAAAGUAUCCUGGAAAAGCAGCCAGAUGCUGUAAGUGAAGAUAAUCUACCUGUAGAGACAGAUGGAAGUUUGAAAUCACACCCACGUGAAAGAAAGCUCAUUGACUUCAGUGGAAAGCUAUAUUUUGCACCAUUGACUACUGUUGGAAAUCUUUCCUUCCGAAGGCUUUGCAAAGCACUGGGAGCUGACAUUACUUGUGGUGAAAUGGCGAUGUGCACAAAUCUGUUGCAGGGUCAAGCUUCUGAAUGGGCAUUGCUGAGACGCCAUUCAUCUGAGGAUCUGUUUGCUGUUCAAAUUUGUGGUGCAUAUGCAGAUACAGUAGCACGUGCUGUUGAGCUGAUAGACCGAGAAUGUACGGUGGACUUUAUUGAUAUAAACAUGGGCUGCCCCAUCGACCUUGUUGUGAGCAAAGGUGCUGGCUCUGCUCUCCUCUAUAGGCCAGCCCGUAUGAAAGGGGUUAUAGAAGCUGCAAGUGGCACAAUCGAAACACCCAUCACAGUGAAGGUAUAAAAUCUUUAUCCUGUUCUGUUUUCCACUCAAAUUUUGGUGAAAGUAGUACUUUUCAACUUCAACAAGCUAGGCUACAAGACUUUAUAUUCGACUCUUUAAUUGCUGAUAUUGGUAACUGGGGAGCCCAUGCCAUAACGGUUCAUGGUCGAACAAGACAGCAGCGUUAUAGCAAAUCUGCAGACUGGGAGUACAUAUACCAAUGUGCUAGAAAGGCCCCCGAAUCUUGCAAGUGCUCAGAAAUGGAGAUGUUUGCGCAUACACAGAUUGGAGCCUCCACAAAUCUAGCUGCCCUGAACUCUCUUCCUGCAUGAUAGGCAGAGGUGCACUGACCAAGCCAUGGAUAUUCACUGAAAUCAAAGAACAGAGGCACUGGGACAUCAGCUCUGGAGAACGACUCGAUAUCUUGAAGGAUUAUGUCCGGUUUGGCCUUCAGCAUUGGGGCUCCGACACAAAGGUGACACAGAUAUCUACUUUAUAAACCUUCACAGUAGUCGAAACGACUAGGCAUUUCCUGCUGGAAUGGCUGAGCUACACAUUCAGAUACAUACUGGUCGGUCUUCUGGACAUCAUUCCACAGCAGCUUAACUGGCGGCCUCCCUCGUAUUAUGGAUGUAAUGACCUCGAAACGCUCAUGGCUUCUGAGUCUGCUGCGGAUUGGAUUCGAAUCUCUGAAAUGUUGCUCGGCAAAGUUCCGAGUGGCUUUAGCUUUACGUUUCCACCGAAACACAAAUCAAAUGCCUACGAUCGAGCUGAGAAUGGCUAACAUUCAGUUAUGUACAUUGGGAAGCUUCAUUACUUGUGUAACAAGUUACUGCUGAUCCCAAAAACUGGGAGCUCCACUCGAAUUUCAUGGGUACAGAUUAUAUUACUGUUAGUACUUAUCAGAGAUGUAAUUGCCCUACUUCUUAUCCUAUUGUUCUCUUUGCUGAUUUUUGCUAAUAAAAAGAUUAAGGCGAAUUGACACGAUGAGCAU